AUGCUUGCAGGACUCGGGGUCGAAAGCGUCACUUACUCGACAGGCAGCAUAACGGAGGCAAAAACAUUGAGCGUUGCCCUGAGACAAGGGGACAGAGCAACCUUCAAACUCUCAAAAAGGCCAAAGUUGUCACAGACCCAACAGGUAGCAGUGGAGGUAGACAAACUGAACAUUGCCACAAAGCAUGGAUGGUGCGCAACCCAGAAAUUUGCUCGAAGUGAGAGUAGGGAUGGUGGGUGGAUCACAAGGACCACCAAACCCUUAGAGGUUUACCAGGGCUUGCAGGGUGAAUGUUCCCUGCAGGAACGCAAUGUGGAAGUGUUAUUCUGCUACGAGGCCUAUGAUGUAGUAGUUCUCAUGCAGCUACGGGAAUUCACUAACAGGAAAAUUGUUUCUGUAGAGAAAGAAAUGCGUCAGGAUAAAGAAGCAGCUUGGAAGAUGUACACCAAAGGACAGAUGGUGUACCCAGACAAGAGGAAGGGUUUGGUGUAUCUGUACCAAGCAGAUGAUUCCCUUAUGCAUAUCUGUUGGAAGGACCGUGGCACUGGAACAGUUGAAGAGGAUGUGAUUAUUUUCCCUGAUGACUGUGAAUAUAAGCGUGUGUCACAGUGCACGACUGGUAGAGUUUAUGUACUCAAGUUUAAAUCGUCAAGCAGACGACUCUUCUUUUGGAUGCAGGAGCCCAAGACGGACAAGGAUGAUGAGCAGUCUCGCAAAGUGAAUGAACUACUCAAUAAUCCACCAGCUCCAGGGUCACAGCGAAAAUCUGGUUCAACUGCAAAUCCUGCUCUGGGAUCGGAAAUUACCAAUUUACGGGAUUCUGAUAUCCAGAAUCUGUUUGGGAAUAUUUCGCAACAACAGCUGAUGCAGAUCUUGGGAAGUGGAAUGUCCAGUUUGGCAACACUGCUUGGUCCAGGUAGGUCUGGCAGUGGUGGGGGUCGAAGCGGUAGUGGAAGUAGCAGCUCGACUUCUGCCACAACAACAGCUUCCACCACUCCAGCUGCUACCACCACCCCGACACCUGCACCUACCCCUGCUCAAGAUUCUGCUAGAGGUGGGAGCAAUAGCCGGGAAAGUAAUAGUACCACUCCUGGCAGUGGCAGUGUUGUGCCGAUUCAGUUGUCAGAUUUACAGAAUAUCCUUUCUGGGAUCUCUGUUCCACCGGAUGUGUCAGGUUCACCCAGGGUUGCAGUGGAUCUGAGUUCGGCCAUGACUGCAGAAGCUCUUCAGCCGAUCUUGACCAAUGAAGAUUUUGUGAAUCAACUUCGUCCUUAUCUUCCUGCAACGUCUGAUGAGUUACCUCCUACUGAACAACUCCGAGGAACAGUCACUUCUCCUCAGUUCCAGCAGGCUGUGAGUUUGUUCAGCAGUGCCCUUCAGUCUGGGCAGUUAGGCCCUCUCAUUAACCAGUUUGGUCUUGGAGAGGAUGCUGUUUUGGCUGCCUCGUCAUGUGAUAUGGAAGCAUUUAUUAAGGCCUUUGGAAAGAAGAAAGGUAAAGAGGAAGGCAGUAAGAAGGAAGAAGAUAAGGAUGAUGAUGCCAUGUCUGUAGAUUAAGUGGUGUCGAUGGAUAUGUUUGCCUUAAAUUUUAUAUCUAGUUUGAUCAUUGGAUACUUAUGCAUAGAUUUGUAAAGGGAGUUACGACCUCAAUGUGGAAUUGCAUGUCAAAGGUAUUCGUGUAAUAUUUAUCAGUUAGGAUAUAGAACUGAUAUGUGCCAUUAUUAUAGGAGUGUACUGUUAGCAUCCCAUGUUCAAUAUUGUAUUAGUUGAUUUGUAAUGUACAAGUUGGGAUUUUUGAAUGUAGUUUUGAUAAGUCUGAAACAUCAGACUAAUAGAACUCAUUAAAUAAUAUACACAAA